AUAAGUUUGUGGCGGGAAAUAUAACUGAUGUAGCACCAGCUCAAUUUCCCAAAAACCCUAAAAAUUGCCAAAAAAAAAUCCCUAAUUCACUGCAAUAAUCCAAUUUCCCCCAUCAAUUUCCAUCACAAAAGAGAAUUUUGGCGUCCAGGAGUAAGCAUGUACUGGUUAGCCAGUAGAUACGCCGUCGUUUCACUUCCGAAGUGGCGCUCCUCCUUCGCGCUCUUUUUCCGUUCAUCUCCUGCUUACACAGUCACUUCUUUUUCUCGGUCACAGCCGUUACUAAAAAAUGGAAAAGUUGAGAAAAUACAUUGUUUUAAAGAUCAGAAAAGUGCAAAGGCGACUACGGCAAGAGGUGGAAAGAAACUUAAUAAAGUGUCCAAUGAUCUUACGAGUGAUAAGGAUCUUUCUCACAUUAUCUGGUGGAAGGAGAGGCUGCAGCUGUGCAGAAAGCCUUCUACUGUUCAGUUGAUUAAAAGGCUUACUUAUUCAAAUUUACUUGGUUUGGAUGUUGAGUUGAGAAAUGGGAGUUUAAAAGAAGGAAACCUCAAUUGGGAGAUGUUGCAGUUCAAGUCAAAAUUUCCACGUGAGAUAUUGCUUUGCAGGGUUGGGGAAUUUUAUGAAGCAAUUGGAAUAGAUGCUUGUAUUCUUGUUGAACAUGCUGGUUUAAAUCCUUUUGGUGGGUCCCGAACAGAUAGUGUUCCUAGAGCUGGCUGUCCUGUUGUGAAUUUGCGGCAAACAUUAGAUGACUUGACGCGUAAUGGGUAUUCUGUGUGCAUUGUAGAGGAAGUUCAGGUUCCAACACAAGCUCGAUCUCGUAAAAGCCGGUUUAUAUCCGGGCAUGCACAUCCAGGCAGUCCAUAUGUAUUUGGACUUGCUGGGGUUGAUCAUGAUCUUGACUUUCCUGAACCGAUGCCUGUAGUUGGGAUAUCUCGUUCUGCAAGGGGUUAUUGCAUAGUUUCAGUCUUAGAGACUAUGAAAACAUAUUCAUCAGAGGAUGGUCUUACUGAGGAGGCUUUGGUUACCAAGCUUCGCACUUGUCGCUACCAUCAUCUAUUUCUUCAUGCAUCUUUAAGACACAAUUCCUCAGGGACUUGCCGUUGGGGAGAAUAUGGCGAGGGUGGCCUAUUGUGGGGAGAAUGCAGGGCUAGACAUUUUGAAUGGUUUGAAGGCGAUCCCGUCACUGAGCUGUUACUUAAGGUCAGGGAGCUUUAUGGUUUUGACAGUGAAGUUACAUUCAGAAAUGUCACUGUUCCUUCGGAAAGUAGGCCACACCCACUGCAUCUUGGAACAGCAACACAAAUUGGUGCCAUACCCACUGAAGGAAUACCCUGUUUGUUGAGGGUAUUACUCCCAUUAAAUUGCACGGGCUUACCUGUAUUAUAUAUGAGAGAUCUUUUGCUGAAUCCUCCUGCCUAUGAAAUUGCCUCAAUAAUUCAAGUGACAUGCAAACUUAUGGGCAACAUAACGAGUUCGAUUCCAGAAUUUACUUGUGUUUCAUCUGCAAAGCUGGUGAAGUUACUCGAACUGAGGGAGGCCAAUCAUAUAGAGUUUUGUAGAAUUAAAAAUGUGCUUGAUGAAAUAUUGCACAUGUAUAAAAAUUCCGAGCUGAAUGAAAUCUUGAAGUCAUUGAUGGAUCCUACAUGGGUGGCAACUGGUUUAAAAAUUGAAUUUGAAACAUUAGUUAGUGAAUGUGAUUGGGCUUCUGGUAGGAUUUGUGAAAUGAUUUCUCUAGACUGUGAAAGUGACCAAAAGUUGAGCUCAUAUUCUGCUAUUCCUAGUGAAUUUUUUGAGGAUAUGGAAUCGUUGUGGAAAGGUCGUGUGAAGAGGGUCCAUAUAGAGGAAGAAUUUGCAGAAGUGGGAAGAGCAGCAAGCGCCUUGUCCUCAGCUGUCGCUGAAGAUUUCUUACCCAUCAUUUCAAGAAUUAAAGCCACUACAGCCCCCCUCGGUGGUCCAAAGGGAGAAAUUUUAUAUGCUCGUGAGCAUGAAGCUGUUUGGUUCAAGGGUAGGCGGUUUGCGCCCUCAGUUUGGGCUGGUACUCCUGGGGAAGAACAGAUUAAACAGCUUAAACCUGCUGUAGAUUCCAAAGGUCGAAAAGUAGGCGAGGAAUGGUUCACUACCAUCAAGGUGGAGGAUGCCUUAAGGAGGUACCAUGGUGCAAGUGAAAAGGCAAAGGCAAGGGUCUUGGAGUUGUUGAGGGGACUUUCGGCUGAGUUGCAGACAAAGAUCAAUAUUCUCGUCUUUGCAUCAAUGUUGCUUGUUAUUGCCAAGGCAUUGUUCUCUCAUGUGAGUGAAGGGAGACGGAGGAAAUGGGUCUUCCCGACUCUUGUUUCAUUUGACAAGUCAAAGGACAUCAAUUUGCUGGAUGGAGAUAAUGGGAUGAAAUUAGUUGGCUUAGUUCCAUAUUGGCUUGAUGCAGCUGAAGGCAAUGCUGUUCAUAAUACAGUAGAUAUGCAAUCCUUAAUUCUUUUGACGGGGCCAAAUGGAGGUGGAAAAUCGAGUUUGCUUCGAUCUAUUUGUGCAUCUGCUUUACUCGGAAUAUGUGGAUUUAUGGUUCCUGCAGAAUCAGCCAUCAUUCCACACUUCGAUUCUGUUAUGCUUCACAUGAAAUCUUAUGAUAGCCCUGCCGAUGGGAAAAGUUCAUUCCAGGUGGAAAUGUCAGAAAUCCGGUCUCUUCUAGAUGGAGCCUCGUCAAAGAGUCUCGUACUUAUAGACGAAAUAUGCCGAGGGACAGAAACAGCAAAAGGGACUUGUAUUGCUGGAAGCAUUGUUGAAACUCUUGACAAAAUUGGUUGUCUUGGUAUUAUAUCCACACACUUGCAUGGAAUCUUCGAUUUGCCGCUUGACACCAAAAACAUUGUUUAUAAAUCAAUGGGAACAGAACAUGUUAAUGGACAAACAAAACCAACUUGGAGGUUAAGAGAUGGGAUCUGUAGAGAAAGCCUUGCUUUUCAAACAGCAAAAAGAGAAGGAAUCUCUGAAAGAAUAAUUCAAAGAGCUGAAGACUUGUACCAUUCUGCUUAUGCUGAACAAGCGUCUCCGGAAAGGCAAUUUUGCACUAGUGAUCCGUCAAGAGAGCCUAUCUCAGAAAGUCUUCGAGAUAAUUCUGAAUCAGCAAUCAAGACGGAAAAUUUAGUGAAUAAGGACGUUGAGACUGCUAUUAGUAUGAUAUGUAAGAAGAAGCUUGUUGAGAUCUAUAAGAAGAAAAACAUAUUAGAACCUACAGUUCUGCAAUGUGUCCCUAUUGGUGCUAGGGAACAACCGCCUCCGUCAACCAUAGGCGUUUCAUGUGUCUACGUAAUGCUGAGACCGGACAAGAGGCUAUAUGUUGGAGUGAGUGAUGAUCUUGAAGGCCGAGUUCGUUCUCAUCGAUCAAAAGAGGGGAUGCAGAAUGCCUCUUUUCUAUGCUUUGUAGUUCAAGGGAAGAGCUUAGCUUGUCAACUCGAAACUCUUCUCAUCAACCAGCUUCCACGAAAAGGUUUCCAUCUAAGCAAUGUCGCUGAUGGUAAACAUCGGAAUUUUGGCACGACAAAUAUUUCCAUUGAAACUGCGACUGUGCAUUAAUGGUCCAGUCUUGAACUCCAUUCAUUUUGUCGAAGUUUCAUAUUUGAUACAUUUUAAGAAUAUGAUGAAUUUAGAAACAGUGGCUGCAGCAAUUUUGUUUGAUAUGUCAGUUGCUCCACUUCCAUUGAGUAGGAAUUUAUUUUUUUGAUGAGCAUGGACAUGAAUUUUUUAUAUACAUAAUACAUUGAUGUAUUAUGUGAUGUAUCUAGUAAUGCUAUGUAAUCUGUAUAUAUAAUUUAAGAAGUCAUGCAAGUAAAUCUGUUCAUGAUACCAUUGUAUGGUUUAAUACUA